AUGGCUCGGGAUCAUUUAGUUUUGAGCAGACUUCAACGUCGAAAUGGGAAAGCAAACUUUCUGGGCUUCGGACCGAAGGAAAAAGUUCGUGAUGGGUGCAUUGGCCGGAAGGAACAAAAGCAUUGUCGGCGAGCCCUUAUCAUUUUGCUGUCCGGUCGGAUUUUUUGGUCACUGGACGGAGAACUGAUAAGGGCUUGCGGAGUGGAUUGA